UGGAGAUUAAUGUCCUUAUGAAAUAAUUUUUCUUCGUCCACACGCCCUCUCCCGAUUUUGCCCAAAACCGUCGUCUUCGUUACUGAACCCUCGCUAUACUGUCGCAAUUAGAGUUAACUAGGAAGAAAACGGCUGGAUCGUGGCGUACAGAGACCCGAAACUCCCACAUCCCUUCUAUUUCCUCAUCGCUCCUACCCGAAACCAUGGAGGCAGAUGGAGGAAGGUAUCCUCAACCAUUUCUCAUUGGAAGGCUUACAUGCAUACCACUCAAUUAAAACGACCAUCUUUGCCUUUAAAUUAUGUUCUGCAUCCUCUCAUCUUCUUGGAUAGCUUCAUUUAUCAAGAGAGAAUGAAGACCUAAUGUUUAUGCUAUUAUCAUCCCAGAGAUGAGCGCAGGUGGUGCUUUUGGUGGAAAUAGGGGUGCAAAACCUGUACCGCCGGAAAAGGGCAUAUUUCCCUUGGAUCAUCUUCAUGAGUGUGAUUUGGAGAAAAAAGAGUAUGUUGACUGCCUCAAGUCCUCUAGAUUCCAAACCGAAAAGUGCAGGCAUUUGUCGAAGAAAUAUUUACAAUGUCGAAUGGAAAGAAACCUGAUGGCCAAACAAGAUUUGACUGAGCUUGGCUUUGAUGAACAAAAUGAAAUGAACACUUUUGAAGUGGGCAACAAAUAGAUGAUAAAGUGGUCCGUGGUGAUGAAUUAUUGUUGAUCAUUGUUGUUUUUGCAUGUGAUUCCCAUGCAAAUAUGGGCCAAUAUUAUAUCUUUUUUUUGAAGAUUUACAUAGAUGUCCAUCAAUUCUUAUGUAU